AUGACUACCUGGCCACUAGAAAACCAUCUGUUCAGAAGCGAUCACACAGUUCGUUGCGUUCGAAGAUUUACAAACAACGUGAAAUCUGUUGUAAACUAUUUUAUCAUUCGCUGUGAUUUCCAAACUCAUCAUGGAAGACGGAGAUAAGAGCAAGCCAGUUAUUGCUGCAAGAGAAAGAGGACCAGGACCUGGUCGUUAUGGGCUACCAACCACAUGUGGAUACCCCAACCACGAUUCCACCAAACGGCGAAACCCGGCCUAUUCCUUCGGGCAUCGACUGGAUGACAACAUGUUCAAGAAAGAUUGCAGCCCUGGACCAGGAUAUUUCAUCGAUCCGAAGAUUUCGCGGCACGGAACAGAUGGAAAUCCCUCUUACUCAAUUCUUGGGCGGCAAAAAGAUCAAAACACUUUCAAGACACCAUCACCUGGUGCAUACUCACCAGAAGUAGUUCACCCCCAGGGUGAGAGACAUGCACCUGCAUAUUCAAUGGCUGCACGGACAAGGUUUAGAAAACGUGAUGCAACACCAGCACCAAAUUCAUAUUCUCUACCUUCACUUCUUGGAGCAAAAAUCCCAAACAAAAAAGCAUCUGCAUCAUUUUCUAUGACCAGUCGCUCACAAACUGGAUGCUUUUCAGAAGAUUUAGCAAGAACACCAGGUCCUGGGCGCUACAACACACUUGAGCCACAACUUGUAAAACAUAAAGCACCAGCCUACUCACUACUUGGAAGAAAUAACCUUCCUGGAGAUUCAACACAAAAACCAGGUCCAGGAGCAUACACACCAGAAAAAGUUAUUGUGAACAAGAAAGCAGCACCUUCCUUUUCACUUGGAAUUCGUCACUCAGAGUUUGUUACUCCACUCAUUGUGGAGAUUGCAGAAUAGGAUAACUAAGGAUUAAAAUAUGUAAAUAUUAGAAUGGAUAAUUUUUAGAUUGUAAAACGGAAAGCUUUUUACCCAUAUCAUUGUCAAAUAUUUAUAUCUUAAGUGCUGAAUUUCUUUUUCCAGUUGAUAGGUAGUUAUAAAAUUCUUCUGAUUUUGAAAAAUAACCAAACUAUAAUUGUAAACAGUAACUGUUUAAUUUUUGAUAUUUGUCAAAAACUUGUAUCUGUUUUAUAACAAUUAUUUUGUGUAAUGCAAAA